AUGACCGGCUUUGGAGGGGCGGACGAUGAAGAGGACACGUCGACAAGCACAAGUAUCACGCUGAACCUGUUCCUCGAAGAGGACGACGACAAGGUUUUGACCCAGCUCGGACAAAAAGUUGCAGAGGCCUCUGCAAAAGCAGCCAUCCAAGCAGCGUCUCUGGCAGCGAUGGAAGCGACAGAGCAUGCAGCGGUAGCUAUUGCAGAGGCAAUAGCCCCUGUUAUUGCCAAUGCUGUAGUGAACGUUGUGAUAGACCAGAUUGCCAAUGCAGUGGCUCAUGCUGCUGCUGAAGCAGUAGCCCCACAUCAAGAGGAUCAAGCAGCAAUUGCAGCAGCAGCAGCUAAUGCUGCAGUGGCCAAUCUCAACCUGCAACCACUUGGAGCAGCUGCCAAUGCUGCGGCAGCAGCGGCAGCACUUGAGCCGCCAGCUCUAGCCGCUGCAAAUGAAGCACAGCUGCAGUUUCCAGAGCUCAUCAGUCUAGUAGCCUUGACUGCUGUGCCACUCGACAGUCACUUGAAGGCAGAAUACUGA